CUUGCCGGCACUUUAGCGCGUCGAUUCCUCGCUCAACCGUUGUCGAUCAUCAUUGUGACGUGUUGUUGGGCGGUUGAGGACGACUAUGCAGCGGCAAGAACGGAUCUAUGACAGGACGCAGUCUGUGCGCGCAGCCUUAGCCUUCGAUACAUCUCCUCGAACACCGCCGCCGUCGACACCAGACCGAACGUACACCUGGAGACGUCAAGUCGCGGUCGCCGCGUACACGUGGCAAGUGGUCAAGGAGAUGGGUCGGCGGGGCUACGUGUGGUGCACUCGCACUAUGUCAUCGUGCUUUGUAGCUAUCGACCACCACUACAUCCGUUGCUUCAACUCUCAGUUUUCCUCGACGUCCCAACAACAACGGCGCCGCAUCACGCCAGUCCUCGCGCUCCUCCUCUUGCUCGUCGCAGCCACCGUCGUGCGUUUUGUCGUGUCCAUUCCGUACCAGUACUAUAAUCUGCACUACGUACGCCCCCACAAACCCACAGACGACACGAUUCAAGCGCACAUCCUGGUCGACGUCGCGCCGGGCCAAAAGGCCAAACCGCCGCCGCAUCUGCGCGGAGACACUUUCUACAUCGAACCGUGGACUGGCCAAUGCAAGAACACCGUCCACGGAUUGGUGUACGCGACGGACGCCCGCGGCAUCACGUGCAAACGAAGAAGUCUCAUGCCCACGGGCUGCUGUGGUGACGACGUGCGCUUCAGUUGCAGCACAUGCGACGUGGAAGCUCCGCACUGUUGUUUGGCGUACGAGCGGUGUGUGUCGUGCUGUAUGGGGCCUACCAACACCGCCCUAGUGCACGCGUUCUUGGCCCAUGCCGACCCCAAACAUCCCGUGUACGGCCAGCCGCCAUCGGACCUGACGCUGUUUGGCUUUUGCACGUUCCGAUGCCGGACGUCGUCGGCGGGGGUGCAGCACCAGAACUCGUACCGAAGUGCAAAGAAGCAUUGCUAUGGGGUGCACCGUCCGCUCAAGGAACUGGACGUGGUCAACAGCGACGAGUCGGCUCUGCACAACGCGACGACGUCACCGCCGAGGCACGACGAGUACGAGCCCCCGAUGGAUGGUGGACGUUCUCACCACGAGUAACAACGUUUACUUAGGUUGCGUGAACAAAUCCAAGUGGCCACCACGACGCCGCCAGUGCUGGAAUAUGAUCCGUUUUACAUAGGCAAGUCAUGAACGUCUCGCCUUGUCAAGUACGUUGGCUCCGCAUCCAAGGAUGUGAUGCUGUACCCCCCCCCCCCCCCG